AUGAAGGAAGUAAUGGAAUGGAGAGAGCCUGUGGAAGAUCUUAUCCGCAAAAUCAAUGUGAAUUAUUCUAAAUUUUUCGCGACAUUAGGAUGUGCUGGAGAAGUGUAUCUCGAAAUCCCAGAAGAUCCGCUUAAUAUUGAUGGCUAUGGAAUAAUGAUAAUGGUCAGUUUUCGAAAUGGUGAGCGACUGCGGCGGUUAGAUCACCAGGUUCAAUCCGGUGGAGAACGUAGUGUGUCUACUAUGUUGUACUUGCUCGCUCUUCAAGAGCUUUGCCCUGUACCAUUUCGCUGCGUGGACGAAAUCAAUCAAGGAAUGGAUCCAGUAAACGAGCGGAAGAUCUUUGAUAUAAUGGUGGACACUCUCAGUGGAGAAGGGAAUCUUGCCAAAACGCAGUAUUUCUUGCUAACACCGAAACUGCUUCAUGGUUUGAAAUUCAAUCGAAAAGUGACUGUUCAAAUUGUACAUAAUGGAGCAACACUCAGCGAAAAUUGUCAUGAGUGGGAUGUGCACAAUUUUCUGUCAAUCAUGAAAUCACGUGCUGGCUGA